AUGGCAGAGACAGGCGAAUACACUGUCACCCCAGCUGCAUAUCCGGCGCGUACAAGGACAGCGUCGUCUAUUAUCAGUGGCAUCGAGACGAUUGCAACCACGGUCAACUUCACAGACAAGUUACUUGUCACGGUCACACAGCAAGGAAAACUGGCGCACUGGGUUCAUGUGCCUCUCGACAUCGCCGGUACAGAUGCCUCUAUGCCCUCGAACCCUUACUUCGACCGGGACGACGAAGACCCCACAUCCGACCUUCUUCCAAUGCACCAUCUCACAGCCACGACCAUAUUAGGCGGGACCAUGGCGAAUCUCGAUGUUCUGGGCCAGACUCUUGCAACACAAAUCGCUAGUAUCAUCAAGACCCGCGACGAGAGGGACACGAGGAUGCUGGUGGUCGGCAUGGGGCUGGAGAAGAGCAUGAGCGGAAGAGAACAGUUCAGUGAGCUGAUCGGGUUAGUCAUGGAGGUUUUGUGA